AUGAAGAAUCUGAUAUGGGAUCUGCCAAGAGCCUUUAACUUGGUGGGCAAGGUAAGAGGAGUGGCCUUGUCGCGAGACAGGUUUCAAUUCUUCUUCAAGUAUGAGGAAGAUAUAGAGAAGAUUCUGAAGGUUGAGGUCUAUACUCAAGAUGACUGGAGCGUGGUUUUGGAAAGAUUGAUCGAGGAGCUCCCUAAUGACUAUCUUAUGAUUCUUCCGGUCUGGAUAUGGCUGUAUGAGAUCCCAGUUAACUUCUAUACGGAGGUGACUAUUAUGGAGAUAGCUGAGGAAAUUGGACAAGUCGUGGAGAUGGCUUUCGACCCUGAGAAGCCUCAAAGUAGUGGUUUUGUCAGAGUAAGGGUCUUAUUCGAUGUCUCACAACCGCUGAGGAAUUAUAAAACCGUUCAACUGCCAGAUGGUAAAGUCGUUAAGAUUCCCAUCGAGUAUGAGAGGGUCAGGAAAAGAUGUUUCCAAUGCCAACGGCUCACUCACGAGAAGUCUCGAUGUCCCUGGAAUUCACUGAACAAACAUAAACUAGAGAUAGAAAAGACUAUUGAUGCCCUGCCCUUACAGAAAAAACAGAGCACACCGUUACUACCUGAUGAUCCUCUGUUUGGUGUUCUCACUGAUGAACAGGUUGGUCUGGAUGCAAGAACUGGGCGAUCUAAAAUUAGCAAAGAUGUUUUAGAUGUCAUGAGGCAAUAUUUGCAGGUCCAAGACCCAAACGAAAGAAAAGCUAGGGAACAAAGAGUAAGGCAGUCGAUUGAGGAUCUAGAUGGUGAUCUCUUGAAGCAAAAAACCCUGUUAAGACUUGAACCUGCACCUGUUAUUACUACGGAUGUGAAUCACGGGAAGGGGUUAGUGUUCCAAUUUACUGAAAAUAAUGGUGUUAGUAAUAAAGGUGAGAAGCUGAUGGAUGUGGCUAUACGAGCGGGUUCCAACCCGGGAGAUGCUAGAAUAACAUGGAGUGGCACAUCUCAAGAAACUGCUGAAUCUUCAUUAGUGGACUGUUCUACGAGUUUUAGGAUUGGCACCUCUGGGGCUAGUUCUUACGGGACAAGUAGCACAAAGAAGAAGUUCAGACGCAGACCACAGUCGUCAAAGAGAAGAGAAGAAACGAUGCUCAAAGAUACUGAAGGUCUGAGUAAGGAAGUCGAAGCGAGUAGGGAGGGGAAUUCUGCGGGUAAAAGAAAUUCAGACGAAGUUGGAGUGAUCUCAGCCAAGUGUGUCAAGAGAGAUCAGUCAAAGGUGGAUCAGGAAGAUCCACCGACUAUCCUAUAG